AUGUCAAGCAGUGAGAACUUCCGUAAUGAAUCGAACCUAUCUAAUGGGUCCACAUGUAGAAUCCAGGAUGGCUUUCUGAUGGAGACCCUUCCUGCCAUGUACUCCAUCAUCGCCGUCAUCGGGUUCGCUAGCAACCUCCUGGCGCUCUGGGUGUUCACUUUCGGCACUCUGAAAACCAACUCCAUCACGGUGUACAUGAAGCACCUUGCCAUUGCCGACCUCUUGCUCUCCGUCUGUUUGCCCUUCCGGGCGGCUUACCAGAAACACAGUGGCCCUCCUGUCCUCUGCAAGAUGGUGGGCAUGAUCUUCUACAUCACCAUGUACGUCAGCAUUCUGCUUCUCAGCUUGAUCAGCCUGAACCGCUACUUCAAAAUCAUCAAGCCCCUUCAGCACUUCCGAAUCCACACAACGUCGUUCAGCCUGGCCAUGUCCAUGGUGGUGUGGGCCAUCUGCUUCGUCACGAUGCUUUGCUUCCUUUUUGACACUAAUGAAAGCGGGCCCUGUGACCACAAGUGCUUCCAUUUCAAGUACCGAAGCACCAGCGCGGGCAUCCUGAACAUGCUGGCGGUGACUUUUUUUUUCCUUUUGCUCUUCUUCUUCCUUUAUUCCUACGGUAAAAUCUCCCUCAGGCUCCGUGCGGUCUCUUUGAAGAAAACCCAGCAGCGUAGUAAGAGGAUGAACACCAGAAUUGCCAUAAAGACUUUUGUGGUUUUGGUAGUCUUCAUCGUAUGCUUUGUCCCCUACCACAUGGUCCGAAUACCCUACAUCCUUGCCCAAAUGAUGAUCAUUUCUGAACAGAACAUCCAGGCCCUCCACCUUGGAAACGAACUGGUCCUCUGCAUUUCAACCCUCAACUGUUGUUUUGAUCCUGUGAUUUUUUUCUUUCUGUCCAGCAGUUUCAAGAGAUCCUUGCUGGACACCACCCUGCGAAAGCUAAAGUGGGUUUCUCAAAAUAACCAGAGAGUAUUGUAUGUCAAAUAA